AUGAAUAUGGUUCUGUAUGGAUGCCGUACCGUAGACAGUGGUGGACGCUGCCUGCAAGGUGAAGAAAUGGCAUCAAUACUAAGCAAUUCAAGGCAUCCACAAACUCUUGCUCUCUUCAAAUCCGCCAAGCACUUGGAGGAUUAUGCGUGUAUCGACAUCCUGCGACUGAAAAUGCUCAAUACAUAUAGUGCAUGUGGUGAUGAAAUUGUGGAUGAGGACCAGAAACUUGCAAACUCACAAAUCGACCCGGAAGGUGAACUGAUCGAGAAGGAAUGUAAAGUGGAAAAUUUUCCAAAACAAAAAAUAAGCACAUUUUUUGAGGAAUCUCGUAUGCUUACUGUUACAGCUUUAAUAGAUCCAUUUCUUGCAAGCGAGGACAUUUCGCACAUCAGCUGUUUAUUUCGUACGCCAUAUGAUGCCACAUGUGAUUGGAUCAGGCAUCAAACUUGUUAUAAAAGCCAGUUGCGGCAGCAUUUCCCGGAUGAUUAUACGAUACAGUCAAGAACCGAACUCCAGCUGAAAAAUGGAACAACUGUGGGCAUCGAUUGGUCAGGUACGCUGCUGUGGCAUAAUGGCGAUGAAUACAUUGUUUAUAAGUGCUUGGACGCCAAUGAAGACGGGACAUGCGAUCAGGUUCCAAUUCAUACUUCUAAACUCUUGUGUGACAGUUUCUUCUUACUGGUUACAAAAAAAGUUUGA